AUGCUGUCCGUUGCCAUUCGCCCUGCCGACCGGACUGCCUGGAUGAAUAAAGACUGCUAUGGACCGACUUGCCCUGCAGUAACCAACAACCUGAUCAUGCCCUCUUCAACGUCAAUCAGCAAGGUCGACCACCAACGACGACUAUCCCAAAAUUCCCUUCCAGAUCCCGAUUCGAUCCCCCCAACUUCAACAAGGCUUCGUCGACGAGCCUCACAAGGUUCUUUUCGCACAAAGCCCUCCCAGGUCUCUCGGUUCCUCUCCAAGGGCAGCGUGGCCGUUCAUUUCCCUUCCUGGGAACAUCGCAGCGCUUCCCCCGGCGCUCCCAUUCGUCUCGAGUCACGAACCCGAUCGGCGGAUUCUCGUCUGCGCCUGUCCACCACCGUGUCUCGCGGGCCGAGACCAUUGACGGCGUCUUCUUUGAAUUCGUCGCCCUGGAACUCCCCUCCUUCGUUCCAGGGAGACUACCCCACUACCCUGCCUCCUACGCCCCCGGAUGACGAUAGCCAGAUUGCCUGGAACCCGAAAUCAGAGAUGAUGCUGUUUGAUUCACAUACACACCCUGGUUCGCCGAUAAUGGACGAGAACCCGGGAAUGAACACAUCGCCAACGACUGGCCCGUCAGAUACACUGAGCAGCCCAUCAGAUGGGUUAUCUCACGGCUCAUCUAGCUCAAGCGGUAGUCCAGAACUCCACGAUGAGAUGGAUUGCCAACAAGAUGUCGGUUCCUGGUUAGAUCAUGGGAUCAACGUCACUGUAUCAUCUCUGGGAUUAUCAAACCCACGAGGCGAUGCCGUCAAAAUUGUUUCUCAAACCCUCCCAUACCCUCGAACAUCCGACCAAUCGAUCUCUCUGCCCACAAAUGAUAGCGUUUUCUGCUCCAUUGUCCAGGCUGUGCACAACCACCUACAGCCCGGCCACUCUCCAUACAUCAACGUAACCCAUGCCGUCCCCGAACAAUUCAGCCUCUCCAACCUUCCUCAUUCUCCUCCAAGCACUCCUCGUUCCCCCACCGCCGCCGAGGAUUAUUUCAAUGCCACAGUAUUCUCCAGUGCUGCUGUGGUUGGUGCUUACCAUGACUUCCGUGGUCCUCUCCAACGCACACUCUCCCACGCUCCCAUGCCCAUCGUUCCUCCACACAGUGUCCACAUCUCCGUUCUCGAGCGAUAUCUCCCCCCAGCAUCUGCACAAGAAUACCGCGAUGUCUUCUGCCCCACCCGCCCGUCUUUUCUUGUCGAUCGCCUCUCUGAACUUUCUCCAAACGGUGGCUCUCUUCUCUUCGUAUAUCCAACCAAAAAGGGUGCUUCCACCUUCAAAUCACAAUAUCUGGGUCCCAUCCUUGACCCGCUCUUGCGGCAACUCGUCGUGGUUAAUGGAUUGUCUGCUGAUGUCGGUCGCUAUCUGGGUAAACUGACAACGGUCGCUCAGAUGGAUGAUUUCGCUACCAUGAGAGCGAACAUCGUUUCCCUGUGUGAAAAUUUGAGCUCCCCAUCAUCGCAAUUCGAAGUGGCUGAUGCAGGCCGUGCCAGCACCCAUCUGGAUCGAAGUCUCUGGUCGGAAUGGUUCAUCCACCAGGAGAAAGCUCGUAUGAAGGAGGUGCUCAGUCUGUAUUAUCAGAACAACCGCCGUCCACCAGUCAGCAAGACUAUGGGCAACGGCAUGGGUGCCACCAAAGAAGUGACAUCAGCUAUGCUCCUCACCGAAAUCUUCGAGGGCAUCCGUAAGCGACCAUACGGCGAUGACUCCCAAUCCCGUGAUGGAAUCGAAUUAGGCGUCUUCGUGAUCCGCCGCACACAUUAA